AUGUCAAGGCCUGCAUCCGCGACUGAGAAUACCUGGUCAGGACCCCUGGUGACACCUGCCGCGUCUGCCCAACAUGAUUGCUCCGAAAGGCCUGAACUCCUUCACGACAAGCAGCGGCGCCACCACGACGCUCGGGGCCAGCUCAUCCACGACGACGUUGAACAAGCUCCCUCUCCAUCCCGCGCCGAAUCCCCCACGGCUCAUCAAUGGGCCAAGCCUGCCUCGACCUUUUCUCUAAAAAGGGCCACCACCGCCCCCGUGGAGCGGCUGUCCCGCCCUGAUCGAUCUCAUACUCCUCAGUUGUCCGAGAGGGACAGCAUUUUCGCAACCCACUACCUCCCAUCUGAUACCGAACCCGCCGUUACACCGCAAAUUCCGCCCGUGGAAGAUGUGCAUAAUGAGCCGCCCACUAGCCUGAUACCUCCCCUCGAAGAUGUUUCUUCCUCUCCUACUCCGAUUUUCCCUCACAAGGUCCUUCCCCGUCCUACUCACGUCGACCCUUCCCACAUGGAAGUUGACGUUCUCAGGAAGCAUCCAUUAAGCUCUCCCUCGGUGCUUCCGUCCGGGGUGCCUCAUUCUUCCCCCCUACUGCCGGUUGACUCUGCUGCGCCCUUGGGAAAGCGAUCGGAACUGGCAAGCCGGAGUGCACAUAUCCCUGUGUGGGAGAGCUUACAACAUCUUCGCAAACUCACAUUGGACGAUGCUGCGACGAAGCCCACCAUUGUAGAGGACCCAUCGGCUCACCGAAGUCUUCUCUCUGCCUCGCUGAGUGAUGCGUCCUUGCCGCCCUACCAGCACGCACCACGCUCGCCUGGCAAAAAGUCUGCCGCCACCCACGUUGAAGCCACCCCACACCCUUGGUCUGGACAACAAUUUCAGGACGGUGCACGUGUGGCGAAGGCCGAGCGCAGCUCGAGUCGGAGCCGCCGUGGCCGGGUAGAGCAGUCCAUCGAAGCCAAUUUGACUAAUGUGGAGCCAACCUCUCAUGUGCGCAGCCGCAAGUCAAGCCAUUACCUGGGAUUGUUCAAAGAAAACACCACUUCUCCAGAUCGCAAACGCAGGGAAGAGCGCAUGGGACGACAUGAUGAGCCUCCGGAACCCUAUGACAAGCAGCAAUUAGCUGCUCAUUCAGAACCUCGCUACUCUGGCGAACCCCGUGACUCGCAAUUGCACAUCCCCUUAGUGGCCGAAGAGACAGGUCUCACGGGCUCCAAAAGUCUGUCGCAUCUUACUAUCGCUGACGCGCCUCUUUUCUCGCCGCGGUUGGACAGUGAAACUGGCCUGCAAAUGUCGACCGAUAAUGUGGUCAAGUCAAAGCCUAAGGCCCUACCUCGGAGCCUUCUCGAGGAGAUUCGCAAUUUCCACCUGACCCCCGGAGGCGCCCGUGGCACCUCAUUCUCGCGGAGUAUUCCCACCCAGUUUGCGGAAAGGAGCAGGGAUUAUUUCUCGAAGGAGCCUGCGCAUCAUGACCACCUCGAGUCAGGACUUUCUCCGACGGAUGCGGAGCGUGGCCAACGCCGGGGCUCAGGACAGUUCGAAGAUGACGAGGAUGAGCAGAUCUCCUCUGCUGUCUACUUCCCGCAUGAACGUGUCACACUCUCCGAGGAAGUCGAUCAAGUUCAACCUUUUACGGAUGGCCGAGAUGACGUGGAGCCCAUUGAUAUGUCGACAGCGCAGAGUAGUCACGUUCUGGUGCCAAAGAGACAUGUUGUUUCUGAGGAGCAGGAAGCUAAUCAUGUGGACAUAUCCCUUCGAUCUAAAAAUGAUAGUAGAAUCCUACACGGCGACCUGCAAGGCAGGCAGGAUGCUCCCAUAGAAGAACUUAGUGAAGAGUCUCUUGCCCUCGUACCCGAGCGCAGUGCUGAAUACUCAACAUGCGAAUCCGAAUUUGCAUCUGCCGACGAAAGCGGUAUGUCUGUCCGUGACGAGGAGUCGAGUGUGACGGACGAGGCUGAAGUCACACCGACGGCUACUCCGACUCAACGUUCCCGAUUGACGCGUCCGCGCCGCAAGCAUGAAUCGACCGCUGCUCCGCUUGGCGCCGUGGAGCUGAAGCCUUACCGCCAUCAAGUUGGUGGUCAUACAACGGUGUUUCGCUUUUCUCGACGCGCCGUUUGCAAGCAGCUCAACAACCGGGAAAAUGAAUUCUACGAGCGCAUCGAGCGCAGACAUCCUGAAAUGUUAAUGUUUCUGCCAAGAUACAUUGGAGUUCUUAACGUAACCUUUUCGAAGACGCCAAAGCGAUCCAAGACCCCCGCAAAUCAAGUGGAGCAGCCAGAUAGCGGCAAUGCGACACAUACUUCCAAGGACGCUGACCCAGACGGACCGUUCUCUGCGGAUAGCCGCGCCCCCACUCAGAAAGAUGCCGAACCGCAACGCAUCUUCAGCCAGAAGCAGGUGACCGGCGUCAUUCCCAAGGUCAUCCUCGAAAACAAUCGCCAUAUCAUUCCGGCGGAUCUUUUCUCCCACUGCCAGCGCCCAAGAACUGCGGACGGCUCGCUGUCGGCUAAUAAGCGCUUCCCCACUGACUUUGGACAGUUGACGGAAGGGAAGCCUGAGAGUUGCCUUUCGGAGGGACCACAAACUUUGAAGAGAAAGCAAUGGGGUGCCACAACCGUGAAUAGAAAGCUGCAAGAGCAAGUUCUUCGUGAAGUUUUUAGCCCACCCGCCGUGCACCAUCACAGACGCCAUGCUCGAGGCCAUUUGAAUUUACCGAGAACAUCAUCAGAUGGCAUUGAAGUGCGGCGGAGAGCUAAUCUCUCUGAGGACCAAACCUCCAGCAGCCGCCGGAUUGCGCCUGGCCCAACCCAGCCAACCCAGUCUGGGGCUAUUGAUAUCAGCAGACAAUCAAAGGAUGGACCGGGUCUCUCAUCGUCAGCAUCUACGGCACUAGACGCAAGCCAUAAUCGCCUCGAACAAGUCCGGACAGAGGAGUCCCCACCACGAUCUAGCUCAUUGUCGCGGACGCGGCAGGUGAGGCGUCGCCGUUCCGGGAGUGGGCUACAAAGACGGGGAAGUAUGACCUCAGGGCAGCCCGGGGGCGACUUGUUAUUCUUUGAAGACGAUGGAUAUGGCGGUGAUAAGGAAGACGGAAUCUUCUCCAUGGAGGCUGACAAUCCGGUCGCUCCAACCUCACAACCGGCUACCAAUCCUCCUGUCCCGGUAUCUCCAAAUGGACUCCAUCUUGACAGCCGCGCGGGAACCGAUGGUUUGGCGAGCAAUUCCAUCUCACCUGAGAUCAAGGAUGUCGAUGAUACUCAGCUUCCUUCAAACCCCAAAGAGGCCCAAACAAAACAAGAUGACAGAGUGCAAUUUUUCCUUCUGCUCGAGGAUCUGACUGCGGGCAUGAAUAAGCCCUGCGUGUUGGAUUUGAAGAUGGGAACUCGCCAGUAUGGAAUUGAAGCGGACGAGAAGAAACGAAAGUCCCAGAGGCGCAAGUGUCAGUCAACUACGUCGCAGCAGCUAGGCGUUCGUCUAUGCGGCAUGCAGACGUGGAAUGUCAAAAAGCAAGAAUACUCUUUUGAAGACAAGUAUUUUGGGCGUGAUCUGAAGUCCGGGCGUCAAUUUCAGGAUGCUCUGACGCGGUUCCUUUAUGACGGCGCGAGUUACAGAAGCGUGGCCAAAAAGAUUCCUGCUAUUCUCGAAAAGCUGGCCAAGCUGGAGAAUAUGAUUCGAAGACUCAAGCGUUAUCGCUUGUAUGCUAGCAGUCUCUUAAUCCUUUAUGAUGGGGACCCUAACCCCUCGGAUAAGGCGUCCCAGCAGAAUGGCCAAUCCGGCUCCGCUAGUAUACGAGACACACUGCAGCGUCAGGCUUCCGAUGAUGGCUACACGGACGUGCAGUUGAAGAUCGUUGACUUCGCGAAUUGCGUUACGGGCGAGGAUGAAAUAUCUCCCGAGGCUCCUUGCCCUCCCCAGCAUCCGGAUGACAUUGAUCGAGGCUACCUCCGAGGCCUUCGCACUCUCAAGAUGUACUUCCAGCGUAUUCUCAAGGAAGUCAGCCAAGAUGAUUAUGUUGAGCGGGGAGAAGGUGAAGCUAUUGCGCUCGGAUCCCAGCAUGCGGGUCGCCACGAUUCUUCGCAACGCUAUUGGGACGAGAACGUGUUGGAAACUGACCCUGGGGAAGUCAGCUUCUAA